CUUCGGGGCGCUUUUCCUGCGCCGCCGGUGUGGGCGCCGCGCUGCGCGCUCUGACGCCGCUCUGCGAGACGUUCCCGGGCACCUGGCCCGGCUGGGCCCCUUCCCGUCCCGCGCGCCCGUCAGGGGCUCAGCGACUCUCUGCUCCCAGCCGCCGCUGCUCUGGGCGUUCUGCGCUUCGCACGGCGUGUGUGCCCCGGGCAGGUUGGGCUUGGCGUUUCUGCUGUUAGCAGGGGCCCCGCGGGCGAGGACCGCAAGUGGGCCUCGGGCCGGAGGGUCUGGUGAGCGGGGGUCUCCGGCUGGCUUCUUGCUCGCCACUAGGUACUCACUACUCGCGGGGUGUCAUCGGGACUCCUUUUACAUAUUCAGUGAGGAGGACUGUCUGUGAAUGAAGAUGGAAGAAAACGCCGGGCGUGGUGGCGCACGCCUGUAAUCCCAGCACUCGGGAGGCUGAGGCAGGAGGGUCGUUGCGAGUUCGAGACCAGCCUGGGCCACAAAGAACAGAAACAUACUUUCAAGCUUUUCUCUGUAAGACCCUGAGAAACUAAGUAAUACUUUUGAAGCCAAAAAGAAAAAAUGUCUGUGACACUGCACACAGAUGUAGGUGAUAUUAAAAUAGAAGUCUUCUGUGAGCGGACGCCCAAGACAUGUGAGAACUUCUUGGCUCUCUGUGCCAGUAGUUACUACAGCGGCUGUGUGUUCCACAGAAACAUCAAGGGCUUCAUGGUACAGACGGGAGACCCAACAGGCACUGGGAGAGGCGGAAACAGCAUCUGGGGCCGGAAGUUUGAAGAUGAGUACAGCGAACACCUCAAGCACAGCGUCAGAGGCGUCGUCUCCAUGGCUAACAACGGCCCGAACACCAACGGCUCGCAGUUCUUCAUCACCUACGGCAAACAGCCCCACCUGGACAUGAAGUACACCGUGUUCGGAAAGGUGAUAGAUGGUUUGGAGACGCUGGAUGAACUGGAGAAGCUCCCAGUAAAUGAGAAGACAUACCGGCCUCUCAAUGAUGUGCACAUUAAGGACAUAACUAUUCAUGCCAACCCAUUUGCUCAGUAGACGCAGUCACGGGGCAGAUGUUCCACAGAGCAACCCAGCUGGUGUGGGGUCAGGUCUGCGUCCUCCUGUGUGUGCCACCAGGGACAUGGCUGCGGAAGCCCAGUGGCCUUUACUGUGGAAUCGUACAGCACGUCCUCUCCUAGAACCCCGUGGACGCUUUCACUUGGGGAGCAGGGGUGGGCGUCACUGUAGCUCAGGCUGGCUCCGGGGUGCUGGGCUUACGGGCAUAUGCCACCAUGUCCAGCUUUCUUGAAUAUUAAAGAUGUUUUUAAAAUUUUUGUU